AUGGCCGCAGCUUCUUUACCUGAACUUUGCCUUGAAAGAAUAUUUGAAUAUUUGAGAUGUGAUUUAAACUCCCAAUACUCGUGUAUUCUUAUUAAUAAAUAUUGGUGUUCGUCUCUUAUAGCAAAGCUCUGGGAAAAUCCUUUUGAAAUGAUAAAAACAAAGAAUAAAACCCGUUCCAACCUUUACCUUAUCAACACAUAUUUGAUUUAUCUUCCUAAAGAUAUUCAGAAUUCUAUUGGACUUCAAGAGAUAUCUAAACAGCCACUGUUUAAUUACGCAAGUUUCUUACGUUAUCUUUCUAUUCAGAAUAUUAAAUACAGUAUUAAGAAAUGGGCAAGAUUCAAGGAUGUUAAUGAAACACCAAAAUUCAAAACAUUCUUAUUCAACAAAGAAAAUAAUGAAAUUCCGGGUGAAACUAUAGGUUAUAUAGCAGAGGUUUUUAUUGAACAUUUGUUUACAAGUUCAACUUAUAUCAAAGGCGUUGAUCAAUUGUGUCCCAUACCGUGUGUAUUUGGAUUACCAAAUGCCGAAUCAAAAUUAUCUCAAAUACAAAUUUUUAAAUGUGAUGAUGAUAAAAUGAUUAGACUUGCGAGUAAAAUUUCAAGAGAUAUUCAACAAUUAGAAAUUCGACUAAAGGCAAAAGAGACUUAUGAUCUAGAACAUAAAUCUUAUUUACCUUUGAAAGACAUCGCGAUGUUGAUUCGAGCACAGAGAAAUUUACGAAAGAUUUUAAUUCAAUACAAUCCAACAAUUUAUUCUAAAGAUGAAAAUGUUUGUUUAUGGGAUAAUUUAAUGAAACAUACAAAAAGUUUAGUUGACAUUAUAUUUGUAGGCGUUAGCUUUGACUUUAAAUUUCCCUUAGGAUGCCUCUCAAAAUUCCAUAAUCUGAGGAGGUUGACUUUAGUCGAUUGUGAAAUUGAUAAUGCAUACCCAUUGGAUUAUAUUCCACCUUCAGAAGACGACCAUCAGGAUAAUAUUCCAUUGCUGAUAAGAGAUAUGCGAUCGUUUCAUCAAGUUGAAUUUUUAUCGAUUAGAACAUCAAAAAUUAAUAUUAAUAAAUUAGAAAUUUUAUUUCGACAAGCCGCCUUUUCACUUCGAUGGUUAGAAUUACUGGAUUUGGAUCAUUUAACAAAUUUGGAAUCCAUUACACAAUGUUUUUCAAAUAUUACUCGACUAACGGUUGGAAUUAGCGAGAGAUGGAAGAUAGUCAUUUCUAUAGUAAAAUCGGCAAACCUGUUACAAGAACUUUACGUUCUCGACGAAAGAAAUGAAAAUUUUAGAAACAACUUUUCCGAAAGGUACGCGUGUAAACCUAUGACAGCUGAUAGUUUUUUGUGUGAAGUUGGAAAAGCAAUGGGAAAACAAGUUUACAUGUUUAGAUUCACCUUAGAUUGGUAUUUUUGUCCAAAUUCUUUGAACACAUUUUUGAAAAGAUGCAAUGUUAAACGAUUAAAAAUAUUAGAUUUUAGAAAAUUCAAAUUUUUUAGUAAUGAACAUUUAAAUCAAGUGAUUGCGUUUUGUGGUGGAACUUUGAGUUAUUUAUAUUGUGAGCAUCAUCAUACUAUUACACAGGCGGAUUUAUCAAGGGCAAAACAAGUCAUUAGGAACUUUUAUUGUUGA